AUUCCCCGACUCCCCCUCCUUCUAAAUAGACUGCACUCCAACCUCCAUCAUCCUGGGCUAGCCAAGGGCGGCCUUAGAGAAACCCUGUUUCUUCCCGAUCGCCUAAGUCAUGCCCCGCCCCGCCGCGUUUCGCUUUCCUUUUCGCUUUCCUUUUCGGGUUUCGGUUUCGCCGCCGAAGAAACGCCGCGCGGGGAAGUUUUGUUUUCCGGGGGAGCUCCGCCCCGCCGGGCGAGGGGAAAGCCGGGCGGGCCGUAUAAAAAGAGGCGCUCGGAGCUCCCGAAGCCAGAAGGAGGUUGGUGUGUUUUUUCCUUCGGCGGACGAAUUGCGAGGACUCGAAGAGGAUGGCGCUGACGCUGACCGUGAAGCUCCUGACGGGCGAGGUCCACUCCGUGGGCUGCUCAGCCAGCCAGACCGUCUGGGACCUCAAGGUCCAAGUGGGCCACCGGACCGGGGUGUCGCCCUACCUGCAGAAGCUGGCCUGCCCGGACGGCGCCCACCUGGACCUCCGCGACGGCGCCCCGCUCGCCGACUUCGGGCUGCGCACCGGGGACACCCUCCUGAUGAUGGUGAAACACGAGGAGUCCAUCCCGAUCCUGCUGAGAAACAGCAACGGCCGGACCAGCACUUACCACGUCCUGCCUUCCGACACGGUGGCGCAGUUCCGGGCCCGGAUUCGCACCCAGGAGGGAGUCCAGAACGACCAGUUCUACCUGGUUUACGGGAGCCAGACCCUGGAGGAGGGGCGCAAACUCUCCGAUUACAACAUCUGCCCCGGGGACACCGUGACUCUGAAUCUACGCGUGCGGGGCGGGCUGAGGAGCCUCUGGGGAGGGUCUCCCCUGUAACCUUCGGAGUUAGCGGAGGGGUUUCCCGGUGGCUCUGCUUCUUGUCCAACUCUAUGCAGGCGCCCUCUGCUUCUCUUCCAUCGGUGCCCCUGGUAGCUGUAGAGAAAUAUUCUGAUUUUUUUUGUGGUUUUUUUUUUUUUUUUUGCCAACUUCCAAUACUGGACAUGAACCGAAAGAAAAGGUUUUGUAGCUCGAGGCACAACUGUGAAAUCUGUCUUCCAAUUCCCCUGAUGAUAAAUACAAAAUAAUAUCUGAUAUAUACUGGGGACAAAAGAGAGAGAGCCAAUAUCCGUUGGCAUUGAAUUUGCUUGUUCCACCCAUCCCAAUUUCUAUUUUUUGUUAGCCCCAAAGGAGGGCGAAGAGCGAUUCUGUUCUUGAAUCCUGUACCUUUAUCGAAAGUUUUCUCCCUUGUUAUUGUAGACUAGAAGAAUUGUACUAUGUAACUCUGUUUUUACCUUGACCCGGCUGUGAAAUUUACAGCUUUACAAAUAAAACGAAUUCAAUUGGCAAGUA